GUACUUCCUGCCGGGCGUGUCUUCUCCCGGAAAUAGUCUAAGCUCUAGUUCCUGGCGGAGCGAGCCAGCUUAUGAAUUUCGGCAUGAGUGUCUUGGUGCGGUCAGGUGUGGGGCCGCUGUGCGCUCUGGCGCGCGCAGCCAUUCCCUCUAUUUGGAGAGGGAAAUACUUCAGCUCCGGGAAUGAGCCUGCAGAAAACAACCUGGUGACGCCGAUGCUGAGGCAUCUUAUGUACAAAAUAAAGUCCACUGGCCCUAUCACUGUGGCCGAGUACAUGAAGGAGGUGUUAACUAACCCAGUCAAGGGUUAUUACGUGCACCGUGACAUGCUAGGUGAAAAAGGAGAUUUCAUUACUUCACCUGAAAUAAGUCAGAUCUUUGGAGAGCUACUAGGAAUAUGGUUCAUUAGUGAAUGGAUGGCCACUGGAAAAAGCACAGCUUUCCAGCUGGUGGAACUGGGCCCAGGAAGGGGUACCCUCAUGGGAGAUAUUUUGAGGGUGUUCAGUCAACUUGGAUCUGUGCUGAAAAACUGUGACAUUUCAGUACAUCUGGUAGAGGUGAGCCAAAAAUUAAGUGAGGUUCAAGCAUUGACACUGACUGAAGAGAAGGUCCCAUUAGAGCGAAAUGCUGAAUCCCCAGUGUAUAUGAAAGGUGUCACUAAGUCUGGGAUUCCAAUUUCCUGGUACCGAGAUCUGCAUGAUGUUCCAAAAGGACACAGCUUUUAUCUUGCACAUGAAUUUUUUGAUGUUCUUCCUGUGCAUAAGUUUCAGAAAACACCACAGGGAUGGCGAGAAGUAUUUAUUGACAUUGAUCCACAGGUUUCUGAUAAACUGAGGUUUGUUUUGGCACCUUCUGCCACCCCAGCGGAAAUCUUCAUACAACAUGAUGAAACAAGGGAUCACAUUGAAGUGUGUCCUGAUGCUGGUGUUAUCGUUGAGGAACUUUCUUGGCGCAUUGCACUAACUGGAGGUGCUGCACUGGUUGCUGAUUAUGGUCAUGAUGGAACAAAGACAGAUACCUUCAGAGGGUUUUGUGGCCACAAGCUUCAUGAUGUCUUAAUUGCCCCAGGAACGGCAGAUCUGACAGCUGAUGUGGACUUCAGUUUUUUGCGAAGAACGGCACAGGGAAAAGUAGCCUCUCUGGGCCCAAUAACACAACACACGUUUUUAAAAAACAUGGGUAUUGAUGUCCGGCUGAAGGUUCUUCUAGAUAAAUCAAAUGAGCCAUCAAUGAAGCAGCAAUUACUUCAAGGAUAUGAUAUGUUAAUGAAUCCAAAGAAGAUGGGAGAAAGAUUUAACUUUUUUGCCUUGCUACCUCAUCAGAGACUUCAAGGUGGAAGGGAUCAGAUGAAUGCAUGUCAGUCAAAACCCUUUGCAUCCCCUGUAGCUGGGUUUAGCGAACUUGCUUGGCAGUGAUAUUUCAGCUUGGACAUUUUACCCUUCAGUCUGCCCAAGAAAUCAAAAUAAAGGAAACAUAUUUCAUACAUUGCA